ACUGUGUACGGAAGUGACUCAGAAGAAUAAGUCGACUUCUGGAAAAAUUUAAAUUGAGUUAAAAAAAUAGUUACCACCAUAAUCAUAAUUAUACGAAGUAAAUAUUAAAAGUAAUUCGGUGUAAAAAGUAACAGUUCCAAAGUGAUUAAAAAUGGAUUGGGCUGAAAAUGAAGAUCUAACGAACGAUCGAUGCUCAACGGCAUCAUCGAUUAGUAAUUCAGGUGAUGUAAAUAGUUCGCUAUCAUUCCAUUCGAAUGGACCGAAAACAGUUAACAGCCAACACUUAAACGGGAAUCAAAAUACCCAGACAAACAGCAAUACAUCUCUUAAUUUGGAUUCAAUGUCCGAUGGUGAACUCUCAGAUUUCUCACUAAAUGAUAGCGACGAAGAAGAGUUUCGUUCUGGGACAAUAACUGAUCGCUGUCAUCCGCUGUCUGCAAAUAAUACAUCAAAUGUGCCAUUAAUCUAUUCCGGAGGUCGAAAUGGUCAGGUUGUUCGAAAAUUUUUUACCAAUACUCGUGAAAGAUGGCGUCAACAAAAUGUAUCGGGUGCAUUUGCUGAAUUGCGAAAACUAGUGCCAACACAUCCGCCGGAUAAAAAAUUAUCUAAAAAUGAAAUUCUUCGUAUGGCAAUCAAAUACAUACGUUUGUUAACCAAUAUUUUAGACUGGCAAAAAAAGCAAGAACACCAACGAAAUAAUAAUAUCAUUGAUUCGACCAAAUUUGAACAAAUUGAUAAGACGACAAACAAAGAAAUGAAAAAUAAUACCAACGUAUUUAAAACAAACGACGGAAAUGCACAACGUUUGCUUAUGAUCGCACCAAAUCAUAUUAAUUGUGAAGCAACACCAAUUAACCAAUCAACAGACAUAAUGUAUUCAACAAGCAAAACUGAAAAUUCGACGAACGAUUUAAAUAUUAAAUUAAAAAUUAAUGCUGAAAAUUAUGCAAAUUUUAAUUCAUCAUUGAAUAAUCCAAUAAUAUGCAAUUUUAGAAGUGUAAAUUUGUUGUCGGUCAAAGUAGAAAAUGUAAAAACGUCAAUGCCAAUGCAUCAGCAUUCUACUGGUUAUUGUAAUACUAAUAAUAUUAAUAGUGGAAUGUUAACCAGCAAUAAUAUCGAAACGUCAAAUAUAAAUGCUAGCGUGCAAGGACGAAACAAUAUUGCUGGCAAAACCUCAAAAAAUCGAAACAUAUGCAACAAACGGAAAUUCAUCAAUGGCGGUGACAGCUCAACAAAAGAUAAAAAGAAAAAAUAAACCGAUUUUGUCAACUUUACAUUAUCAUUAAAAAUAUUGUUUAUUUUUUUUCCUUAAUUAAACUAAAAUACAAUAAAUUGCUGUAUGUC